AUGCGAGGACUUCAUAGCUCACAUCUAUGGCUGCCCGCGUUUCGUCAGACCCGGAUGCUUCCUCGAGCGCACGGUACUUUGGCAGCGCUUGUAGAUCUGCGUUCUCGUGCCCUUGGUUUCCGCUUGCCCCGAAUCAGGUUCACACAUACGAAAGUCACGUAUCUUAAUUUAACUGGAGCAUCUCCUUCCUAUUUGCACAACUCUCCCUCCGACUCCCCUCCGUACGAGUCGGAGCCGCUUUUUGGCCAUGAUCCUAACGCGAUCACUGCUGCCCUCGAAGCGUCCGCGGAUCUAGUCAGGAACGGUCCUCUGGUCACAGAUUUAUGUAUCAAACUAGACAAGGCCCUCCUCGAAAGGGAUUUCCAAGCAAUUAUGGAGCUGUGGCCGCGACUGCAGGAGCUAAAGCCUGCAGCUCUCAACAUGCUGGAAAUACGUCCGUACUUCCGGAAUUACUCUUAUAAAUUCGAGGACCUGCACGUCCCUCAAGGCUUCUCCGACCAAAGGAUUCACUCGACACUAGACGACCUCGCGGCUCACAGCGCCGCCGCCGGUUACAUUCAUGGCGCCGUCGUCCGAAUGGACUAUCAUCUCAAGCGGCGAGAACACGAUGCCGCGCUUAGCCUUACGCUCAAAUGUCAUUACAUGAUGGAGGCUCGCGAUUUCCUGCUCACUGACCUGUUGAAGAGACCUAAGGACGAGUACGCUUCCAUCGUACACGCGUCUGACAGGCAUUCGGUCAGCGCAACCCCCAGAUUCUUGGCCUUGGCGAUUGCAGCCUGUUUCAUGAAGAAUGUAUUUUCCCCUCUUCUACAACUUGGCAUAUCUUCUUCCGGCAGAAAAUACCUCCCGACAUUUCACGCCCUGAGGCAGGAAGCGGCCGCCGCCGCAGGCGCGUAUGGGUUGCCCGAGAACAAAGUAGUUCACAUGGCACACAGAGUCUGCAAUUUAUGGCUUGCGGCAUUGGCGGCGUCUGACCUUCAGAAGUACUUUGGUCCAAUUGCCAGUUUUCGAUGCGAGGCUUCAAGUUCACCGCUGACACACUUCGCCGAAUUCAUCGUCCAGGAGCUCUCGGAAGACGAGCCUUUCCUUACUCUCGACCCUACCGCGGCUGUCGCGUCCCAAAGUCCUCUCAUUCUGUUUACCGACGAACACUGGGCGUUCCUGAUACUUGGCCUCAUACGUUCUGGCGCUGUGCAAGCUGCAGAACGCUUCUGGCUGGGCAUGAACAACGGUGGCGUCAAGACGCCGCCGCUCGUUCAGGCUGCAGUCAUCGAUGGUUUUGCUUCCUUGGAGAGAUUUGAUCGCGCACGGGUCGCUUGGAACACAUUUCACUCUGCCACAGAAAUUCCAGCAACAGUCGUUUAUCAGGCAUACAUCCAAGCUUUGUUUCGAGAAGGACGUCCAGACGAUGCGCUUGCAGAAUUCCAUCGCUUCGAGCAGAGUGUCCGCAAGAGAUCCGAUACUCCGAGCGACCCCACAGCCGUCUCGGUUUUCAACGAUGUGCUUGAUUGGCUG